CCUGUCUCAGCAUGAGCGGGACUUUGGUUUCUGAUCACUGAAACAAAAGUUGUGUAAUUUUCUCAAAUAGCUGAUUUUCUGUUGACCAGACAUGGCUCCACAGAUUGAAGCGGAUUUACCACCUGUCUUUGCAUGUCUAAAAAAUGUUGAUGCCCUGCUCCGAUGUCCCAUUUGCUUCGACUUUCUCAAUAUUUCAAUGAUGACUAAAUGCUCUCACAACUUUUGCUCCUUAUGUAUCAGAAAAUUUCUUUGCUAUAAGUUGCAGUGUCCAGUUUGCAAUACAAAAGUAUCUGAACAAGAUUUAAGAACCAACCGUUUAUUGGAUGACUUGGUUGUACACUUUCAAGUUGCAAGGCAAAAGUUGAUGAAAGCAAAUUUUGAAUCUCCUCCAAUAUCGCCAAGGAUCCCAGCUUCAGCUGUCAAAUGCAAAACUCCUAGAGAGAGAGGCCAGAACUGUAAUGGCUCUGUUUUGAGUCACUUUUUCCAAAAGAAGCCUAAAACAUCUCCCACUAAGGAAACCCAGCGAGAUGGAUCUGUUACUCAGAGUGCUGAGCGGAGGAAAAUAGAGACUGCACACACCCACAAUGCAAAUGAUGCUGACCUACAUUCAGCAACCGAUCAACUUCCAUUGGUCGUGAAGAAAGAGCCGAUGCAUGGUCAGAUGACAUCUAUCCAGGGUUUGAUGUCAGUCAAACAGGAAGCCGGAGUCUCACACAGUAUGAGCACCGAGGAUGAGAUGGCACAUUCCUUAUUACCAUCCAAAGACGAAAAGCCUCUAAUCAAAGUAGAGUGCCCGGUGUGUUCCGUCGGUGUACCACACCAGUUUAUCAACAAGCAUCUGGACACGUGUCUCACCAGAGGAGAGAAGAAGGAAAGCUUGAGGAGCUCUCCUGGCCAUGCGAGGCGUCCAAUGACGAAGCUUGUGUAUAACCUGCUUUCAAUGCAGGAGCUGAAGAGGAGGCUGAAAGAAUGCCAUCUCUCAAUGCAGGGUCCUCGAGACCAGCUGAUCAGAAGACACCAGGAUUUUGUCCACAUAUACAAUGCCCAGUGUGAUUCCCUAAACCCCAAAUCAGCUGCAGACAUUGCCAAAGACUUGGAGGCCAAUGAGAAGAUAAGGAAUCAACUGCAGGGCAAAGCCAAACCCGUCAUGGUUUUCUCAAAGAAUCAGUCCGAGGAGGAGAUUGAGGAGAUUCAUUCAAAUUACAGGAAGAAGCACAGCAGUGACUUUUCCCGGCUGAUUGCCAACGUGCGGUGUACUCUUAUCAAACAGGAUGUCACUUUGGAAGGAGAAGAUGCACAGAAGACACACUCUGCAGAUCUAGUUGCAGGAUCAAAAAGCUGCUCAGUGAUGAAGGUAGAAGACAUAACAUCUGAUGCUGAGCCAUCUGCAAGAAGGAUUGAAUUUUCAUCCAGCCCCACGUAUAGUGAUGUGUCCAUCAGCAGUUCUAUUUCAGACAUCUUUGGUCCAGAGCCUGCCACACACCCCAAAGAGCCAGAGAAGACCUCAGUCCAAAAGCGAACAUCCAGCACGAGAGGAGACAAAGCGGCUUCAUCACUCGUCGGUGGAAAACGACGGCGCAAGACGUAAGGGUUGCUGAAGGAAAGGGAGGAAGAGAGAAAAGAUCUCACCUACCAGAUCUAUACCAAUAAACUGAUUAAAUUCAAGCGUAACAAUUCAGGAUGUGUCAUGGUAUGAAUACAUGUAGUAUUUUAAUAUACUUUGUCAUCUUGUAAUCAUGAUGAGCUGUGGCCCACAACAUUUCAUCAGGUUACUCGAGGAGUAUGAAGGCUAUAAAAUCAAUACUUGAAUCUAUUCAAACAAUAUUAUGUGUCGUAAAGAUUUAGUGUCCACGGAUAGAAAUUAAAUGCAUUUUAAGUUUUUGUUUGUAGACGUAAGCCGAUGUUAACACAAUUUCUACUUUCAACCAUGUCAAUAUAUAGUAUUCUAUUGUAACUUUUUUUUAAAUGUUUUUCUUUUCUUAAUAUUUCUUCUCCAUAUGUUAUACAGUCCAAUGUAAUCUUCUGUUUAAACUAAAAUGAACCUGUAACGGCAUUUGGUAGUUUUACAUUUGAACAAAUUUUUUGUGACAUAAUUAACAUAUUUUCCAACAUGCCGUCACAAAUCGAUGUUAGCACUUUGUACACUGUGUGAAAAGUUAAACCUUUGAUCUUUGUAAUUGUGGUGGAACAUCUAUUAAAUUAGCAGUAUAAAUGAUCCACAACAAUCUUCUUUUCUUUCUACCAAAAGCUGGAUCUCUGUCCGAUUGCUAACCCAGCACUUCCAUCUUCAAAAGUUCCCUCAGAUAUUUUGUCCGAUUAGGAACUCGGUCACAUGGGUUUUUCUCUGUCAUUUGCAAUUCAUGUAUUAAAUAUGUAGCUUUU